AUGAAGGAAAUUGAUGAGAGGAGGAAACGGAGAAAGAGGCCCAUCAUCUUGCCCCUCAGGAAACCGGAAAAGGAAAUCUACGGAGAGGAAGGCGGGGAUUUAUCAGAUAAAGAAUUGAAGGGAAGAAAGCCAAUGAUGAUAUUCAUAUGCGUGCUCUACUACUUAUCGUUACAGGUCUUUUUGAUGGAUUACCUGGUUCUCAUAAGUGUUGAGUCGUUCCAGAGGAACUUAGUGACAAUUAAGAUAAUAAGUUUUGCGCUUUCUAUAGAAGUUGAGGGCGAAAGUUUCCUGGCCGAGAUGUAUAGGACGUUGGUGGAGUCGUUCGCUGCCGUUAAAUCUGACAAAAACAUCCUGGCCAGCUGCACCACAAAGGUUUUCGAGUUCAACCUAAGAGAUCUCCUUAGAGUUUCGUUGAUCUACGCCUUCCUCCUGGCAUCCGUGUACUUCCGGCCGUACAUUUUCCGGAUCCGAUUGAAAGUUUGCGACGCGUUUUACCCGAAGCGCCGCAUCAUGCGCGCCAUCUGGCUCUACAACAACAUUCUCAGGAAGCGGAUACCAAUGAUGAAAUCCGACUUCGAUCGAGUCGCAGAUUCGGCCGGUCGGUUAUCGAAGAAGAUAUCGAUGAUCGACAAACUAGCUGCUAGAUUUGCCUUAGUCGACGACUGCUUACAAUGCAUUGGCUAUGAGAGUCUGUACUGUUUAAUGUGUGGCACCAGUGGCCUGCCACACGAUCCUGGCUUUUUCAAGUGUAGUAGUUACGGUUGCCAAGGUUUGUACUGCGAGGCCUGUUUCUUGGAGGCCAAUAAAAUUUGUGCCCUCUGCCAUCGGCUCAUCUCAUUUGAUGAUGAAGAUGUCAGUGAAGAAAAGUAG